AUGAGUCUCGAACGAUGGCAGCUACAGGCCCAGAAGGGCAGAGAUAUUCUACAGAACUCCAUUCCGAAGCAAUGGCUUCUCCCUGCUGACAGGUUGCCGCCUGUUUCCCAGAAGAGCGUGGUUGAGUUUCCUAGGGAAAGUGGGCUACUGAGUGAGCGCGAGCUGAAGAUUACCGAUAUGUCAGCUACUGCACUAGUGGCCGAAAUGAGCAAGGGGAAUAUGACUGCAGAAGAGGUGGUGGUUGCGUUCUUGAAAAGAUCCGUCCUGGGUCAUCAAUUGCUUAACUUUGCAACUGAGUUCAUGGCAGAUGAGGCAAUCGCUCGUGCUAAAGAGCUUGAUGAGUAUUACCGACGUACAGGGAGACUAGUCGGGCCACUUCACGGUGUUCCAAUUAGUGUGAAAGAGCAUUUAUCUUUCAAGAAUCGAACUUGCAAUACAGGUUAUGUUGCAUGGGUCGACAAGGUCGCCACAGAAGAUGCCCUUCUCAUCCAGCUACUCGGCAAAGCCGGUGCGGUCUUCCACGUCCGCACUAAUCAGCCCCAGUCGUUGAUGCACCUGUGCUGCAGCAACAACAUCACCGGCACAACUGUCAACCCAUACAACCGCGCUCUGACCCCAGGCGGAUCAUCAGGUGGCGAAGGCGCUUCAAUGGGCUUCCGCUGUGCCCCGCUAGGUAUUGGCACUGAUAUCGGUGGAUCAAUUCGUUGUCCAGCGGCAUUUUGUGGUGCCUAUGGUUUCCGUCCCUCGACACUUCGUAAUCCCGGAACAGGAAUUAAAGUCGCUUCAUCGGGCCAGGAGACCAUUCGAGGUGUAGUUGGACCAAUGGCGAGUCGCUCAGUUGAAGAUCUAGAACUGUUCCAACGAGCUGUGUUGGAACAGGAGCCUUGGGACCAUGAGACGUCAUUGAUGCCUGUGCCGUGGAAGACGGUUCCUCCGACUCGGAAUAUGACUGUUGCUAUUAUGUGGGAUGAUGGAUGGGUUCGGCCGCAUCCCCCAAUCACUCGGGCCCUCGGGUACGCCAAGGAGAAGUUGGCAGCUGCGGGGGUUAAAGUGGUGGAUUGGGAACCAUAUAAGCACAAGCAUGGCUGGGAAGUUAUUUCUGCCCUAUACUACCCCGACGCCGGCGCCAAACAGCGUGAACUCAUGCGCGAAUCGGGAGAACCAGCACGCCCUCUCACAGAAUGGGCCCUGUCUUACAGUCGUCCCUCGCCUCUCUCCCACGCCGAAACCUGGGAGCUACAAGAACAGCGAGAAAUCUUCAAGGAUGAAUACAACGCUCUUCUUAAGCGUCGUGGUGUCGACUUUAUAUUAUCUCCGACAUAUCCUGCAGCUGCAGCCGUUAUGGGCGAGUCCCAGUAUUGGAACUAUACUGCCAUCUGGAAUUUGGCGGACUUGCCCUCUGCGGUGUUCCCGUCCGGGCUCACUGUUGACCCUAAGUUGGAUGUGUUGUCCGAACAGGAUAAGAAGUAUAUCCCUCGGGAUGAAAUUGAUGAGAGGGAGUGGCUGAAGUAUGAGGGCCCUGAGCGGUAUGAGGGCGCCCCGGUGGGAUUGCAGAUAGCUGGAAGACACUGCAAGGAUGAGGAGACUUUGAUGGCGGCCAAGGUGGUCGAGGAGAUUAUGAAGGGCGAGAAGAAGGAUUCAAAGCUUUAG